AUGUCGAUAUUAGCCUACAAUGGUGGUGCUGUGGUUGCAAUGAAAGGCCAGGACUGCGUUGCUAUUGCAACCGACAAGCGAUAUGGUAUUCAAGCCCAAACGGUUUCAGCCAAUUUCCCGAAAGUAUUUCAAAUGGGGCCAACUCUUUAUGUUGGUUUGCCAGGGCUUGCUACAGACACACAAACAGUGUUUCAAAGGCUUAAGUUCAGAAUGAAUUUAUAUGAGCUGAAAGAAAAUAGAAUGAUGAAACCGAAGACAUUCUCUGCAAUGCUCUCUAACCUCUUAUAUGAGAGGAGGUUUGGUCCUUACUUCAUUGAACCUGUCAUUGCAGGCUUAGACCCAUACACUUCUGAACCCUAUGUCUGUAAUAUGGACCUGAUUGGAUGUCCCAACGAACCAGAGGACUUUGUAGUAUCAGGAACUUGCUCGGAGCAACUCUAUGGUAUGUGUGAGGCCCUUUGGGAACCAAACUUAAAACCUGAUGAAUUGUUUGAAACCAUCUCACAGGCUCUGGUUAAUGCUGCUGAUCGUGAUGCAAUUUCUGGUUGGGGUGCAGUCGUAUACAUUGUUGAGAAAGAUAAAAUCACUGAGAAGCAUGUUAAGACAAGGAUGGAUUAG